UUGUUACGUUUUAUUUUCUACAGAAAUCUGUUUUGCAAUUUCUCAUAGAUAUAAUAAUCACUGUAUUGUGCAGAGGAAAUGGCUCCCGGGAGCUACGAGAGAAGUGUUAGUCCAGGAAGUGCGACGACUGUUUCCAUUCGGCACAAAUCUUCCCUUAACCGGAAGUCAGCGCAUGAAAGUGGGGACUGGGAUGAACAGGUGCCGAUAGUUGGCAGCUACCCGUCGAAACCCGGGCCAUGUGGCCGCAGGGCGUAUCUCUUCUGGAUCGUCGUCGUCCUGCUGCUGCUGCUGGCCCUCGGCAACCUGGCCACGACCGUGUUCAUCUUCGGCGUCCUCCGACUCAGCAACGGCAUGAAGAACAUGGAGUUUGUGGUGCUGAAUGACGCGGAUGGUGGCGAGCGACGCGUGAUUCGGUUCCACGGCGACGUGGACCUGGGCAACGUGGUGAAGCAGGACGGGCUCAUUGAAGCCUUUGGCGACGAGUCCAUUUCCCUGGAGACCCAGGAUGGGUCCAUUGGGUUCAAGCUGCAGGCCCGGCCCGAGGAGCUGAUUAUCAACUCGCUGUACACGCAGGUGGUGAACGUGGACUCGUUCCUGGUGCGAGACCCAGCAACCGGGGCCGAGAUCUUCUCCACCGCGUACCCGAACUUCGGGUUGCCCAAGGGCGUCACUCAGAUCGCCGUGGAGCAGGCGACGACGUCCCGCGUCGUGAGUCCCAUGGACGCCUCGCUCACGCUCAAGUCCCACUCGCAGAGCCGCCUCAAGGGCAACGAAGGCCUGCACAUGGACUCUGCCCAGGCCCAGUGGUACGCCCACAAGGACAUCUUCCUCAAGUCUGUCCAGGGCGGGAUCACGCUCGCUGGCAAGGACGGCGUGAGGAUCUACAUGAAGGACGUGCCGGUGGUGAAAGGGGACGACGCGUUGGGCCACGGGAUGGGCCAGUUCCAGAUCUGCGCCUGUGCCAAGACGGGGAUGCUGUUCCGCGUGCCGAUCCCCAAGGACAAUGCCAGGAGACUCGACAAGGUUCACUGCGGGUACGCGGAAUUGCCGCAAGGGUUUUGUGGCUGAAAAGUUUUCCCGCCGACUUCGUUUUUUUUUUCUUUUUCGUUUUUGAACUGGUGGCAUUAAAAAUUCAGGGGGUUUUUGGGCGGUUACCGUACUGUAGGGA